UCUCCGCCCUCCCUCGCCAUUACGGACACGGACAGCCCCCGCUCCCCUCCUUUCUCUCCCUCUCUCCCCCCUCACCCAAGAACUGCAACCGCGCACGGCUCGCCACGAGGAGCCUACGUACGACGCCGCAUCCAGAAUUCCAGACAGGCCAUGAAGACGAGGCGCGGCGCGUGCUACUCCUACCACGCGGCGGCGGCCGACGGCCCGGAGGCGCACCGCCGGAAGAGGCGCCGGACGGCGGCGGCCGAGGGGUCGCCGGCGGCGCCCGGCGCCCCAGCCGGCUGCGGCGGCGGCCUGGGAGACAUAUUCGACGAGCUGCCUGACGAUCUCGUCGUGUCGAUACUGCGCGACGUGGCGGCGUCCGCCGGCUCGCCGGCCGACCUCGCCGGCGCCAUGCUCACGUGCAAGAGGUUCAGGGAGCUCGGGCAGAGCAAGGUGGUGCUGGCGCGGGCGUCGCCGCGGUGCCUCGCCGUGCGCGCCAAGGCCUGGUCGGACGACGCGCACCGCUUCCUGCAGCGCUGCGCCGACGCCGGCAACCUCGAAGCCUGCUACCUUCUUGGCAUGAUCCGGUUCUACUGCCUGGGGAGCCGCGGGUCCGGCGCGGCGCUGAUGGCGGCGGCAGCGGUGGGCGGGCACCGCGAGGCACUCUACUCGCUGGCCGUGAUCCAGUUCAACGGCAGCGGCGGCAGCAAGGACGACCGCGACCUCCGCGCGGGCGCCGCGCUGUGCGCGCGCGCGGCGUCGCUGGGCCACGUGGACGCGCUCCGCGAGCUCGGGCACUGCCUGCAGGACGGCUACGGCGUGCGCCGCUCCGUGCUGGACGGGCGCCGCCUCCUCAUCCAGGCCAACGCCCGCGAGCUCGCCGCCGCGGUCGCCGCAUCGGCGGCGGCGCCCCCGCCCCGCGCCGGGUCCGGCAACAACAGCGGAGGCGGGAAGGCGGCCUCGCGGCGCCACUCGUGCCUCCUGAGCGACUUCGGGUGCCGCGCCGCGGCGGCGGCGGCGGCGGGGGAGGCGCACGUGGCGAACCGGUUCCUGGUGGACUGGUUCGCGACGCGGCCGCUCGUCCAGGCGGCCGGCGCGGCGGGCGCGGGCGCCGGGACGGCGGCGGUCUCGCCGGAGGACGACGGCGCGCUCCGUCUGUGCUCGCAGGAGCUGUGCGGGCGGCCCGAGACGCGGCGGCAUGAGUUCCGGCGGUGCUCGGUGUGCGGCGUGGUGAACUACUGCUCGCGCGCGUGCCAGGCGCUGCACUGGAAGAUGGCGCACAAGGCGGAGUGCACGCCCAUGGAACGAUGGCUCGACGCCGCCGCCGUGGCGCACCUCGACGCCGACGCCGACGCCGCCGCCGCCGCGGUGGCCCCGGCGCCGUGACGCCCUGCGCUGGCGAGGCGUCGUCCGUUUCCGGUCACUCUUGUUAGGCAUUCAUUAGCAACGCCAGUUUUUACCGCUCCCCCCGGCCGGGCCGUUCUUCAGUUUUUUUUUUCCUUCUUGCUGUCGUUUUUCGCCCCCUUCCUCCUCCUGUAAGCUGUACGUACAUGGUUGGUUGGCACGCUGAGGUAAACAUUAUGGCGAA